CGAUAGUAUCGCGUCCGAUCGAGAGCUUGCGACCCAUCACACCAAGAACAGCUCGAGACAGCCAACACAGCUUCUUCCGCCUGUAGCCCACCAUGGAGGCCGUCAAUGCCACCGGGGCAUCCUCAGUCUUUACGUCUGUUCUCGCCAAUUCGAAAUAUGUCAGCGCCAACAUCCCUCCCCAGCUGGACAAUGUGAUCGAGACCAUCUCGACCGCGGGGCCAUGGACUUGGCUGUUCACCGUCAUCGCCAUCUGUGUCGCCUAUGACCAAAUCAGCUAUCUUCUCAGCAAGGGCUCCAUCGUUGGUCCGGCAUUCAAGACGCCCUUCAUUGGACCUUUCCUGCAGUCCAUGGACCCCAAGUUUGAAGAGUACUAUGCCAAGUGGCUGAGCGGCCCCUUGAGCUGUGUCUCUGUUUUCCACAAGUUCGUCGUUAUUGCGUCCACUCGUGAUAUGGCUCGCAAAGUUCUCAACUCCCCAAUGUACGUGAAGCCUUGUGUCGUCGAUGUCGCCCACAAGCUCCUCGGAAAGGACAACUGGGUUUUCCUUGACGGCAAGCUCCACGUGGAUUUCCGCAAGGGUCUCAACGGUCUCUUCACCCGCAAGGCUCUCGCAGACUACCUUCCCGGUCAGGAGGAGGUGUACAAGGCGUAUUUCAAGCGAUUCCUCGACAUCACCAAGGAGAAUGGCGGCAAGCCCGUUCCUUUCAUGCCCGAGUUCCGUGAACUCAUGUGCGCCGUCUCUUGCCGCACCUUUGUCGGACACUACAUCUCUGACGAGGCUAUCAAGAAGAUUGCUGAUGAUUAUUAUCUCAUCACCGCAGCCCUCGAGCUCGUCAACUUCCCCAUCAUUCUUCCUUACACCAAGACCUGGUAUGGAAAGAAGGCUGCCGACAUGGUUCUUGCUGAAUUCGCCAAAUGUGCUGCCAAGGCCAAGGUCCGCAUGGCUGCUGGAGGAGAAGUCACCUGUAUCAUGGAUGCUUGGAUUCUGGUCAUGAUCCAGUCCGAGCGUUGGCGCGAGGCUGAGGCAAAGGGCCUGCCCACCGAGGAUCUGGUGAAGCCGUCACCCAUGGUGCGCAUGUUUGGAGAUUACGAAAUCUCCCAGACUGUCUUCACCUUCCUUUUUGCUUCUCAGGAUGCCACCAGCAGUGCCGCCACUUGGCUCUUCCAGGUUACCGCUCAACGACCCGAUGUUCUCGACCGUAUCCGAGAGGAAAACCUCAAGGUCCGCAACGGUGAUAUCAAUGCCGACCUCAACAUGGAUCAACUCGAGUCUCUGACCUACACCCGUGCCGCCGUUCGAGAGCUCCUCCGAUACCGCCCACCGGUCCUUAUGGUCCCGUAUCUGGUCAAGAAGCCGUUCCCCAUCACCGACACCUACACUGUUCCCAAGGGCUCUAUGCUGAUUCCUACAACGUACAUGGCUCUGCACGAUCCCGAAGUCUACCCCAACCCUGAUUAUUACGACCCCGAGAGAUACUUUUCAGGCGAUGCUGAAGUCAAGGGUGCCAAGAACUACCUGGUGUUCGGAACCGGUCCUCACUAUUGCCUUGGUCAGCUGUAUGCCCAGCUUAACCUGGCUCUGAUGAUCGGAAAAGCCUCUGUGCAAAUGAACUGGACUCAUCACGCCACCCCUCUCUCAGAAGAGAUCAAGGUGUUUGCAACCAUCUUCCCCAAGGAUGACUGCCCUCUUACUUUUGAAGCGAGGAACUAGAUCGAAAACACACGACGGCAUGAAUUUCGAAAAAAACGGGCGAAGACUGCACAACUGCAGUCAGCGACGCAUUAUACAAACAUGUACGGCCUUGCGGUAUCUAAGCGAUACAUAAUCGUCCGGUCGGCGAAUGCCAUCCAUGGCUAUAGACGGCGUUUUCUCUGCACAUGGCAUUUGUCAAGCACUGAGCUGCAUUGAAGGAAGCUUUUAAUAAUAGGGAGGAGUUUAGGAUUGGUCUUGCGAAAGGAAAGGGAAAGGCAAGGCUCAAAAGGGGGGGAUGGUACAUACUAUUUUAAUACCCAAUCAUCAGUGUACAUAUUAUUUUUUUUGUUUAUCCCAGCCAUGGCAUAAUUCCCCUCUGCGGCUGGGCGGCAUAUGAAGAGCAUCAAGUUUAGCUGAUGGAAUGAAAAUGAAAAUGAAAAAGAUAAUUAUUAUUAAUGAGUUAUCCGUUGCAUCGGGAGAAGAGCGAAGCGAGAUUAAUGGAAGAUGAUUUAUGAGAUGCGAGUCCCUAUAGCAGUAUUCCGUAGGUACCGCAGAGCAUCUUACUUCAAGAACAACGAAUUAUGGAAUGGCCGGCCUUGGACGAGG